AUGCUUCUAAUGCCUCUACUGCCUCUACUGCUUCGAUCGAACUACUUGCCUCUACUGGGCCUUACUGCCUCGAACUACGGCUUCUACUGCUUCUUCUGCUUCUACUGCCUCUACUGCUUCUACGCCUCUACUCGCUGUCGACUGACUCGACGACUCUUCUGUACGCUACUGACUCUACUGGCUUCGACUGAACAUACUGCUCGACUGGGACCGCUACUGGAUCUCGACUGGACAUCUACUACUGGGCCGCUACUGCCCUUACGAACUGCCGUCUACUCUUCCUUACUGACGCGACUACUCUACGGGCCUCGACUGGCCUCUACGGCCGCUACGGAAGCUAACUGUCUCGACUGA